ACCGUUUUUCGUCGACAGUGGCGCUGACAGUGGCGCCGCCACUGUCGACCCAAAACCUAACCUAAAAAAAUUACUCGCCCUCGGCCCUAUUCGAUAUAAAUGAAUUGGUGAUAUUAAAUGGUUGUGCAUUUGUAAUCAGAACAGAAAAUCAUGAAUUCACUCUUGAACAACAUCAAAAGUGUAUCCCUAGUUGCCAACACUUUAGCCAAAAAUGGAGGCUGUGUAACUAGAGGGUUGAAAUCGAACCUGAAGAUUAAAUGGAUCAGGCCUCCAGCAAUACCUUGUACAGACCCUUCAAAAACUGGAGACUUGGAAUCAACAGUGAAAACUUCUCCUGAUGAGCUAGCCUUCGGAUACGAUAAAUCCGAAGAGCUGAAAGAUGCUCCAGAUAUUGUUAAGAAGCUCUUCACCCUAGGUCAACUGCCUACCGCUGAGACUAAGAAGUUAAUACGCGAGAAGUUCAGAGAUCUUGUCAAGAGGCAUGACAUGGAUUAUAGAUCGCCCGAAGCCACAUUGGCAAUAAUGACCAGUACUAUUCGUCACCUGCAGGAGUGCCAGAAGACGCACCCACGAAACAGAAAAAGCAAACAUUUUCUGAAAGAACUGAACGAUAAGAGAAAAAAAUACCUGACAGAUCUACGGAGAUGGGACUACAAGCGUUUUGAAUGGGUCUUAGAAAAACUGAACCUUGUUUAUCACCCUUAUCCAGAAAUCUGGGAGAAACCAACCAGGAAAAAGUCUCUUCGAAUAUUGACGAAGGAACAUUGCAACGAGGUCAGGCAGGGAAAACUUGAUGUCUACAGAGCAGAGCUGGGGGCACAGCAGAAGAACUUCUUCAAGGAGAAAGCGGAGAAAUUAGCGUUUAUUAGAUCUGAGGAGAUCGCUUGUGGGUUGGAACCCACCAUCACUGAGGAAGAGAUCGUAGCAGCUCAAGAAAAAGCUGCACAGUUAUGUAAAUAAGUCAAAUUUGGAUCUCAGUAAAAACAAUUUUAUUAACUCCA